AACUUAAUAAGUAUUAGCAACGUGCGUGACAGAGUGGCGCUGAUUGUCCUAAACUGACAACUGUUCUUAAUUCCUUACACGUCAUCAUACGGCUGAAAGGUGAUGUAUGGAAAACAUGCGAAAGAGUUGGUGUCCCCUUGAACCUGGUUACGAGGAAUCUGGGGUAACUAAUAAAUAAAUAGUUUGAGUUUACAAAAGUACAGGACAGUCUUAAGAAAUUAUAGCGUAAUUUAGCCAUUUCUUUUAAAGUACAUCAUAAAUCAUAAUAGAGGAAAGUAAGUUAUAUUACAUCCUUGGAGGAAAUAUAUCUGGAGCCGCGUUAAUGCUUACAAAAAAGUCUGCCGAAUAUUUGCGGGGGUGAGGAAAUCAUACAUUCAAAAAAUUACUCGCCCAUAAAUAUUUUUGUCAGCUGGUAUACACGUUUUAAUAAGUACAAAUUCUAAAAACUAACCCUGACCAUUUCGCUCUAUCUUUUUUGACAGAAGCCGUGGAAUGCUGGAAGAUUGCCUGUCCAAACAAAGACCCGCCCGAAUUGCGCCAUUCGCAGCAUCAAUGGGACGAGCCGCUCUGCUUGCUAGUACGUGAUAAUCUAUAUGAAACGGUCACUAGCCCUGCAGAGCGAGCUCGUCUCCUUGGUGGCACUCCCUUCGAGCAAUCUUGGCACCCUGCUCACCAGCAGUACUUUUAGGCUCGCGGUAUCGCUGCGCUUGGGGGCGGCAUGCGUGACCCCACACCGUUGUCACUGCGGCGCUCAAGUGACGAAGUUUGGUACCCAUGGCCUCUCUUGCACCAAGAGUGCCGGUCGGUCGGCGCGCCACGCAAGUCUAAAUGACAUACUGCGCCGAGCCCUCGUCUCUGCCGGAACGCCGUCCGUUCUAGAACCUACGGGUCUAGCGCGUGACGAUGGGAAAAGACCGGACGGAAUGACACUGGUUCCCUGGAAGCUGGGUCGGCCCCUCGUCUGGGAUGCCACGUGCGUGGACACUCUCGCACCGUCCCAUCUUCCAGGGACCUCAGCAAGGGCUAGCGCUGCUGCCGAGGCGGCCGAGCAACUCAAGCGGCGCAAAUAUGCAGCUAUCGACACCGGCUGCAUGUUUGAGCCGUUUGGGGUAGAGACGCUUGGGCCGUGGGGUCAGGGAGCGCACGGCAUUUUCACAGAGCUGGCCAAACGCCUAAUAGACGCGUCGGGUGACCAGAAGGCUGGAGCAUAUCUUGCCCAGCGCAUCGGCAUUGCUGUUCAGCGCGGCAAUGCCGCCAGCCUUCUGGGCACUCUACCGGCCGGCUCUGACUUAGGUUCUAUUUUUUAUUUAUAGGGUUUUAUUUUAUAGGUAGAUUUAGUUUAGUUAUAGUUUAAUUUAUUAGUUCAUAGUGUAGUUUUAUUUGUAUUAGUUUAAUAUGUAGGUACUUUUAACGUGAAAUAAAAAACCCUUUUUGGAUGCUUUUAUAAGUACCUAUUUAAGAGUGUCCUACUCUCUGUGGCGGCGCCACCAUAAUGAAAUUCAACUAAUUAUAUUGUAAAAUGAUGUAAAUACAGUCAGUUCAUCUUUACUUGUCCUAUCAUGUAAAACGAAACGUCAAAUAUGAUCAAA